AUGGAGCGGUGGAAGGAUCUUAAUGAGUGGUCGGUUGCUGUGAUGGAGGAGGACUGUGCUGAGUUACAAGGCAUUCUGGCGAGUAAACACUGUAGUGGCAUUAAGGGUAGGGAUGGAAUUGCCUGGUCUCCGAAUCCUAAGAGAGUCUUUACUGUAGCUAGUGGUUAUAGGGAACUGUUGAACCGAAGAUUGGAGGGAAGAGAGGUGCACUGGUGGAAACAGGUUUGGAACAAUUCUUCUUGGCCGAAGUGCAUCUGCUUCGCAUGGCCUCUGGCCUGGAAUAGAUGCCUUACCUGGGAUAAUAUUCGCAAGUGGGGUUUCUCAGGUCCUUUAAUUUGUGCUUUGUGUGGCAAUGGGGAGGAAGACUCAUCACAUUUGUUCUUCAGAUGCCCCUUUUCUAUGCUUAGUUGGCAUUACUGGUGGGGGGUGUGA